AAGAGUAUCAGCAUGAUUUUGAAAAGGGCAAGACAGAGUUGUGUUUAGGGAACUAAAUAGCUGUGUUGGUGCAAGGUCCAUUGAUUUUUUAACUGUGUUGUGCUUGAUAUCCUUAUUGUGAAAGUUAUUUUUUUGAAUGUAGUAUGUUCUUAAUUUUUCUCACCAGUAUGGAGGAAUUGAAAAUAGUACCGUAACGAAACCAUCAUUUGAAAACAAAACUUUCAUUGCUCAGCUUCUGUUAGAAGAGAAAGGAAAAACUUUGCUAGAGAAAUUGCUUUUAAUGACUUCUGAAGAAGAAUACAAGGGCUAAGAAAGACGUAGCUUGUUUUUACAUAGCAUACUUAAUACGCAUUGUAAAGUAUCCAGCAAGGAGAAUGAGUAACAGACUGAAGAACAAAAGAAAGAGCAAGUGCAUCCCUAGGACGCCAUCUGGGAAGGUUUUUGCUUUCCUGCCUAUGUAGAUCCUAGGUUCUGCCAGUGAGGUGUAAAUUGCAGGAUGGAAACCUGAAACACUGGUUUGCUGAAUGCAGAAAUUUGGGUCAAGAGAGUUAAGCAGAGAUGUGCAUUCCCAUUAUUUGCAUUUGAAAAAUAUUCAGUUUUGAAAAUUGAAAAAUGAAGAGUUUAAAAACUUCAUUAUCUGAAAGAGAAAGUCGAGAAAUGUCUACCAAUUUAAAAUACCUUUCCUUGGGCAUCCUCGUUUUUCAGACCACAAGUUUAGUCUUGACCAUGCGUUACUCUCGGACACUGAAAGAAGAAGGACCUCGUUACUUAUCCUCCACUGCAGUAGUCAUUGCUGAACUUCUGAAGAUUUUGACCUGUGUUUUAUUGGUCUACAAAGACAGUAAGUGCAAUUUACGGACUCUGAACAGAGUGCUGCAUGAUGAAAUCCUUAACAAGCCGAUGGAAACUCUUAAACUUGCUAUUCCAUCAGGAAUUUACACUCUUCAGAAUAACUUGCUGUAUGUAGCAUUGUCAAACCUAGAUGCAGCCACAUACCAGGUUACAUAUCAACUGAAAAUUCUUACCACAGCAUUGUUUUCUGUAUCCAUGUUAAGCAAGAAACUGGGUAUAUACCAAUGGCUUUCAUUAGUAAUUUUGAUGACAGGAGUGGCAUUUGUGCAGUGGCCUUCAGACUCUCAAGCAACAGCCGCUAAGGAACAUUCAGCGGGAUCUCAGUUUGUAGGCCUGAUGGCAGUUCUUAUAGCAUGUUUUUCUAGUGGAUUUGCUGGGGUUUAUUUUGAGAAAAUUUUAAAGGAAACUAAACAGUCUGUGUGGAUCAGAAACAUUCAGCUUGGUUUUUUUGGUAGCGUAUUUGGAUUGAUGGGCGUAUAUAUUUAUGAUGGAGAGCAGCUGUCAAAGAAUGGAUUUUUUCAAGGAUAUAAUAAACUCACUUGGAUAGUUGUUGUUCUACAGGCACUUGGAGGCCUUGUGAUUGCUGCUGUUAUAAAAUAUGCAGACAACAUUUUAAAGGGGUUUGCAACAUCUCUCUCUAUUAUACUGUCAACACUGAUUUCCUAUUUCUGGCUGCAAGAUUUUGUCCCGACAAGCGUCUUUUUCUUCGGAGCCGUUCUUGUAAUAGCAGCUACUUUCCUAUACGGUUACGAUCCAAAACCUGCAGGAAAUCCCAUUAAGGCAUAGCAGACUUCCUUAUCAGCCUGCUUCUCAAGAUCAUGUACUGGGUGCCUCGCUAACAAUGGCGUGUGGAAGAGGGCAUUGUGCACUGAGGGAAAGGAUUACUACACUGAGUCUAAUGAAGAAGUGCUUAUGAGUAGUUUUGAACAAGCAGAGGAGUUAAAGAUGGAUGAUGAUACUGUAUGUAACUGAUGAAGAAAAGGGCGGGGGAAAGUCCAGUGCAGCUCGCUAAUAAAAACUUGAAAGGAACCAAAAGUUUCCAAGAAACCACAAUUAGGAAUGUUUACAGCUUCGACCUGGAAUUGCAUCAAAAGAAUUUCCUGUUUUGGCUGCUGCAGAAAGGUCCUAUGCACUCUUUGAAAGAGCACAUGACAACGUUGUCGGAUUGUAUGUUUUCACAAUUUGACUAUAUUUAAUCUUAGUAAAUUUUAACUGUCUAUUUACAUGAAAUCAACUGAAUACACAUCUUAGUUCUAAAGUGAUGGUUCUAAUUAGAUAUUCUUUAUUAAAACUGUGAAAAUUGAAGUAUGAUUGAAAGACCUUUUCACAAUAUCAAAUAUUUUUAUAUUUUUAGAAGGCUGAUUUAAUAACAGAAAUCUGUAUUCUGUUACAUAUAUAAAACUAUUUUAAGAAUGUUAACAUUCUCACCUAAGUACACAAAGGGAGAAAUUCAGAGUGAAAGCUAGAAAUCUGUGACGAUCCUCCAACCUUCAUCAGGACGGCCAUUAAUGUUCCAAAGGAUCCUGUAACCCUAUGAACACAGGCCAGAGGUUACUGCAGGAAGCUCGCGCUAUGGCUAGGGUUGGGAUGGAGUGCUUGCUCAGAUGCAAUGUUCAUUCCUUUAUUUUUUUUUUUUGAUUAUAAAUCAACUUGUUGGUAGAAAGUAGUUUUUAUGCUUUAAAUAUCCUCUGGGGAUUUUUUUAACUAUAAUUUUUUUAAAAGGCCCAUAAUAAAUAUUUGAAAUGCAUUAGUGUUGUCUGUACAGCUCCAUAUGGAGCCAUUAUGGUAUGUCAUCUGUAUGCUGUACUGUACUUUAUUACAGAGGGGUUUUUUUUAAGUGUUGUUUACUCAUGAACUUCCCGAGGCUGUUUCAGUACAUUUGUAUGUAAUUGCUUAACUAGAGAUUUUUUUUAAUUAUUUUAUUCUGAGAGUCCGUGAGCCAGCAGACCAAAAUGGGUUCUCUAGAGCUAUUCAGUCUAGUGGUGGAAUUACUUUAAUGGAAAAGUAAUUUAUUGUGCAAUAGGUUAAUGUAAAAGCAUGCUAUCCAUUUGUUUUGAACCAAAAAAGAAAAAAAACCCCAACACCUAGAACCAGUGAGGCUGUUACGAACACUUUGCUUGUUAAAGUAUUUGCAUGUAGCCAGUUGAGCCAGAAGCGCGUGCACAUACAAAAAAAAAUGGCAGAACUAAUGAACAAAAAAAGCUAUCUUAAAAAUCAUUUGUUUUCAGGAGGCAUUUUCACCACGGGUAUUAAUGUAAAGUGACUUAUCACCCAUGUGUUACACUUGUGAAAGUAUGAGUUUAUACAGUAAGAUAUCAACAGUCCCUUAACUGUAGAAUGAAGAGUGGUGCAAAUGUUUAAUUCUUUUUUUUUUCCCCUUACACUUUCUCACUUCUUUCUUAUGCUAAUGAAAAUCUUGUCAUAAGUGGUGCUUUUAAAAGUUUAUUGAAGUAUCUCGUCCAGCUUUCCAGAACGUUUUAGUGAUAGAUUGGCAAGAGACAGUUUCAUAAAAGUGCUGAGAUUUUCUUUUUUAAAUAAAGUAUUGCAAAUACAGAAGGAAAAAUUCCACGUACAUCAGCCAAGUAAGAAUACUACUUUCUUCCAUUGAUGCUAACAUAGGUUAUCAACUUUUUGUUCGUAGUAUUGGAGUAAGAAAGUUUUAAAAAAAAAAUAAUCAGGCUUAUGCCAAGGGUUUGCUAACCUUUCUGAACUGCAAAUCUACUCUGGCAUGCCAUAAUUGCAGGAGCUAUGUUAAUAGGUGGUCAAAACUCUCCCAUGUUACAUUAAAUAGACAUUCUACUUUAAAUAUUAAACCUUUCACCUGUAACACUCAAUGUGGCAAAAUCUAUCACAAAUUACGUAUAGUCACUUUACUACUGGAAUACAAUGUGAGGUGGAAUGUUGGCCCGCGUCACCGUGCGAAAGCGUAGUGUCGGAAGGGAAGAGGGCAGUAUUCCCGGACAUGACUGAGAAGUGUUGGGAGCGAUAUUACCUGAAUUGGAGUUUGGGUUGGACAAUAAUACUUACAAUUUCAUGAAUCACAGUAGUGGAAAUGUUCAGAUGAUAGUAAUUGAUUACUUACCUGAGAAGUUUCUUUUAAAAAAAAGGGAGGGGGGAGGAAGGGACAGGUUGAGAACACUUUAAAACCAGUUGCACAGUAAGGAAGUAAAUGGGCUGGAAAAAAAAAAAAAAGACGCCAUGCUGCUGGAGUGCUGUUUAAUAUAACCCAGCUUAAAUAUGCACUAACGUACUUAAGCAUCAGUUUAAAAGAAACAGGAACGUGUUCUUUUUGCCUUUCAAUAGAAUAAGCAUCUCUUGGCUUUGGAAAA